GAGACCACGAGGGAGCGCGUGCAGCGCGACAACAGUGUGUUGCAACGUGACACAAGUGAGCGGAACGCAACUCGUGCUGUGAGGCGCCCCGACCGCGCGCAGCGCCUCCUUCGUGGCUGCAGGAUGUGCGCGAGACGUCGCUGGGCGGUAGCCGGAGCUCGGAGUCACUGCGCUCGCGUGCGGGUCCUGCGCGCGAGCCGCGCUCGAGCCCCGCAUUACUAUUCAAGUCGCGCGGCCGGGCGGGAAGAUGCCCGCGCAGCUGUGGCCGGCGGUGUCUCUGCUCGUCGUCAUGUGGGACGGAGUUCUGUCCCAGACCGCAGCGGAUCGGGUUGUAUUUUCCCUGGGAACGUUCAAGAACAUUAGUCUGGCUGAAAAUGCCACAGUUCAGGCAGUGGUCUCUAGGAUCCCGGCCGAGGUUGCGUUUCUCAUCUUGCAGUUUCACACGCAGCAGUAUAACAUCACGUUGUCCUUCUCAAAGGUCCCUACGCUUAGCUCAUCCCACACUGCCGUGGAUUCCGGACUCCUUUCGCCACUUCUGAUCACCCAAACAUCGCUCGACUGGUACCUGCUCUCCCCUGAAAAUAGACCCCUGACAAGCGUAGGUGUUAUCUUGGCAUACGGCAGCAGUGACCCUGUACCCGGAGGCUGUAGCGGGGAUAAGAGCUUUGACCCCAGCGUCCACCUGCAAUACAACCUAUUUGUGACGACAGUCACUAUUGCUCCUGCCAACGCUGGAUACGCUAGGGGGGCUGUCCUACCAACGUGUAACGCCACCAGGGGACCUAGUGCUCGUCUGGAGUAUCAUGUCUACCAGUACUUUCUGCCAGAGGGUGACCUUUCGGAGCAGAGCCUUCUCAGCCACAUGCAGGCAGUGGCCAGUGUGGCGAGCAUGACGGCGCAUGGCACUAAGCUCAUCACGUGGGCCGCGAGCGAGAAGCUGUCGGCAUCGUUUAAGUCCGUUCCUGGCCAGGGCGUUAUAUAUUCUGUCGUCGUCCGGGACCCUGUGCUCAACGCUUCCGCCUCAUAUGUUCCUGUGCACACGUAUGCCUGUAGCUUCUCCUCCACCCUGGACAGCUGCAUGACUAUCGGAAAGGUGUCCACCAAGAUCUUUUUUACCAUCGCUGGUUUUGCGGGCUUCUUCGUUUGCUUCUUUGGACACCAGUUCUUCAAAUGCGAGCUCUUCUGUUUGGGCCAUGCCUUUGCGGCUGUCGUCUUCUUUGUUCUCAUCACAAGGACCACCACCCUGGAGUAUAACCUUCGGUUAGCUCUGACCGCUCUGGUGGGCGUGGUCGGCGGGGUUCUGCUGGUGCUGAGCUGGUGGCGGUUUGGCUCGGUCCUCUGCUGCGUGCUGGUGGUGGGGCUCACGAUGGGCUUCCUGCUCGCUGCAGCGUUCUUCUUCACGCCUGUCGGAGAGCUGCUCAUCUUCCGCUCCGGUGCUGUGUUCUGGGUCACGUUCGGCGGCAUCGUGUUGCUCGUCCCGCUUGUCUUCGUGCGCUGGCCGAGAGAGGGCAACAUAAUGACAUGUGGAGCGGUUGGGGCGUAUGCUGUCGUGCUGGCGGUGAACAGCUACGCGUACACCAGCCUCUCCUACAUCACCCUGGACAUCCUUAAGCGUUUCCUUAAUAACAACUACAGCCGGACGUUUACCAGCAUGCCGUUCCAGGACAUCGAUUACAUUAUGCUUACAGUAUGGGCGGUGCUGGGCGUGAGUGGCGUGGUACUGCAGCUGCACCGCGAGCGCACACGGCCCUUCUUCCCCCCCAGCCCUUACCUCAUGUGGAAGCAGGAGCGAGAGCGGCGCAAGACAAACGUCCUGGACCCCAGCCACCACAUGCCCUCUUUGCCCCGACGGCUCCAGCACUGGCUCCUGGGCGCGUUUCACCGCAAAGAGCCGGCUGGCGAGGUGACGCCCCUCCUGCUGUGAGGCUCUCCCAUCGUUCCUCCUGUUAACCUGCACGUUCGGGUUCUACCUCUUGUCCUGCCGGCCCCGCCCUACCCGUUGACGUAUGACCUCUGUGGGGCUUUAGGUGGGACUGGCUUUCCGGCGCAGAGUAUGCCAUGAGAUACCGCACGUGUCCGCCAAAGGUCAAACGCACUGGAGAGACUGGUAGUCGCCAUCUCUGUCCUGUGUCUUAUGUGGCUGCUGCUGCCCAGCCACGUUGUGCCAUUUGUCGUGUUUGUUGAGUCUGUUGGCCGGACGCAACGCGGCCCGCCGUAAUUUGCGCCAUGGACUCGACUGGACCGAGCUUCUUCUUUUCUACAUACAGUACAUUUUUGUGCUUCUUUUGACGUGCUGCACGUUCUGCUUUGCGCGGUUCAAGGUUACGCCGAGGGUUCCUUUCUAUAAGACUUGUCUCGGAGCUGCGAUCGCACUUGCCUCGGUUGCUCUGAAGCUUCCGAACACUUACGGGCAAAAUGUUCAUGCCUCGGGUGAAGAAGCGAAGUGUCACUGUGAUUUGAGAUGCCUGUCGCCAGAGGGUUCUCUUCGCCACUUAAUACAUCGUUUGGAUAUGAAAUAGCAUCCGUUCAUUUGGCUGAUCCUUUUCCCCAAAGUCACUUACCACAUUAAGGUACUUACACUUACUGCAUUUACCCGUUUGUACAGCUGGGUGGUUUUUCUGGGGUUAUUUAGGGUAAGGACGUUUCUCAAGGGUAUUGCAAAUAAUGGUGGGAUGGGAACCUAUGCCCUUUGGCUCUACGCACUACACUAUACUUCACACUGUCUCUUUUUCACUAAGUGAGUUUACCAGGUUAAGUUGAAUGGCGCAGCACAGUGAAAACCCAUGGACUCGGUGGCCCUGCUGCCAUGAUUGACCUGCCUGGUGCUUCAUAUCCACCUACAGCGACGUCCUCUGUGAAACUGCACCGAAACGCUAUGUACUCUGGUUUAUAUUCAGAAAAAUUAGUGUAAUUAUGCGUGAGCUUACUUGAGUCCUUCAGCAAUCUGAUUUUUGUAUGAAGUUUGUUAAAAACCUGUUCUGAAACUUGUAGAAGUAUUAUUAGCAUAGCUGACACUUUACUAAUUUAUUCUGAAAACGUGUUUACGUAAUAAGCAAGGUUAAUUGUGAUUCGCUAAGCGUGAUUGCGUUGUGCGUGAAGGCUAACCCGUUCUAACCGUCUCUUCAUUUCGGGGCCAGAUUUCAAAGCAUUUUAUUAUUUUCACUCUAUUCUGGUUGUGCCGUGUAACUGUACUGCGCUGUGAAACAGGGUACUUACUCUCCAGUACUGACUUGUGACCAAACAUCGAACUGCACGCCUCUCCCUGGCUUCCCGAACAUGUCAAACAGAAAUGUUUCCAGUGACGUGCGUCACAUUAUUGUCUAGAUUUCAUCGUUUUUACUUAAAGAUGUGCCGUUGCUGUUGCCGAAUAAUAUUCUGAAUAAAAUCUCUGUUUUGUGGUCAAGCUUCUUGUUUUGAUUAAAUAGGUUUUGGCAUUUGUCUCAUCGGUUUACU